GCCUUUUGCCAACCUUAAAAGGGACGGCCUGCCACUUUCAAAUUUUGUAACCACAGCCAUCGCAUUUCACACUCCCGAUCGCUCUCGCUGCGUUCGUCGCCAAGCUCGCCUCCUCGGCCAAGCCGAACCACACGCCACCUAAUCGGAAACGUGCCGAGUCUUCGUCGCUCGUUCGAUCGGCACCGCCGCCGCCAGCGCGCCUAGCUUGACCACACGCCGGCUGGUCUCCCAUGCGCCUCCACCACAUCCACAUACAGUGAGCGUGAGCGUGAGCGUGAGCGUGAGCGUGCGUGUGUCGGCGCCGGUGAGAAAUGGCAGCGCAGGAGAGCGCCGCGGGGAACCAGGUGAUGCGGUGGCGAUACGGGGACGUGAGCGACAGCAACUUCGCGGUGCACGGCCGCGGCGUGCCUCUGCUCGUCGGGCUGCUAUUCGCCGUCGUCGUCUUCGUCGCUCUCUGCCUCUACCUCCGCUGGAGAUGCCACCGCUACACACCCGACCAGGAGGUGGAGUCCUCCUCGUCCGCGGCCGCGGUCACGGCGUCGUUGCCCGGCCUCGACGCCGACGCGAUCCGCGGGCUGCCCGUGACACUGUACAGAUCGCCCGCGUCGCUGCCGCACCGCGCCGGGAAGUGCGGCGGCGAGGUCGACGACCAGGCGGCGCUGUGCUCGAUAUGCAUCAGCGCGCUGGUGGCCGGCGAGAAGGUGAAGACGCUCCCGCCGUGCGGCCACUGCUUCCACCCGGACUGCGUCGACGCGUGGCUCCGGUCCCAGCCCAGUUGCCCGCUCUGCCGGUGCCUCCUCGCCGCCGCCGCCGCGAAGCCCGACUUCUCCAACGGAAACGACGCCGCCGUGUGAACGACAACUUCACACAGCGUCCUCUCAUGACAACCAGGCCCCACCUGUCAGCCUCCCUUCUAAACAAAUCCGGUCUUUAAAUCAGCACGCCGCUCUAUGAUUGAAACUCAUGUAAAUACUCUCUGUUUCAUCUCUUAAUUGAUUCUGGUAGAGCUUCUGCCGUUCUAGCAAAAUAAUCAGCGCGCCACUUAAUCAUGGCCGCCUUGACCGCUUGAGAUCUACGCCUAAAGAAGCCUGGUUUAUUAGGGCCUAAUCGCCAAUGGCUCGGUGAAGUGCGUCGGAAAUGCUACUGCCCUCCCAGGCGUCCAUCCGUUGGAGGCCGGCGUGGGGUCACCUGGAUCAGGUGGAAUCUAGGUUAGACCAAAGCUCGCCUUUAAUUAGUUCCCAAGCUCUCUCUGUUGGACCUUUUUGUCUUUGAUUGAUUCCACUGUCCAUACAUAAAUGUACAGUUUUGUAGAAUUGUUUUUUUUUUUUGCCAAGAUCAGAAUCGUGCAGCUUAAAAAUACUAACAUAAUAAAUUUGUGGAAAAAAGGGCAAAUAUCUAGCAGUUCACGUGCAUCGAGAGUUGUGCUCUGGCGGUGGCAUCCUCCUCAUCUAGGGCGAUAUUCGCUUGGGAUUGUGAUUAGUUUCGAGGUUCACAGAGCAAGCACAGAAAUGGGGUUGGAUCCUUGGAGUAAGAUGGUGGCUUGUGGUGUGACAUAGUGUGUUGUGGGUUUGCGUAAAGGGAUACGAAGGGGAGGAGGGAAGGAGAUAUAUUAGGUGUUGAUCCAAUGAUCGUGACUUUGAUUGAUUUUCUUUUUCUAAAAAUGUACUAGUUGAUUGGUUUGUAGACGGCCCUGAAGUUGUACGCGUAUCAUAGCCUGCUCGGAUAUUUGGUAUACUAUGAUAAUAGCUCUUUUGUCUUGAUAUUCUAAUGGUAGAAAUUACAUUGGUAAAAUCUAAAAAUUGCACCGCAUGUUUUAGUUUUAUGAUAUGUACACUUAUUUUACUUAUGAAAGUAUACAAAAUUACAUGUGAGUUUAAACCAAUUUGCUUUUUUAAAAUUUGCUUGCAGUAAAAUUGUUCAUAAAUUGUUAUCAUUUUUUAUUGAAAAUAUGUCGCAGUUAGAUCUGAUAUUAUCUUUAAAAUGUUCUAAUUUGUUCAAAAAAUUGUUGAACAUCCAAUUUGAAUUGACUUAACAUGUUUCUUAAAUUGCUCACAAAUUCAUUCAAAUUUGCUCAUGAUUUUUCACAAAGUUACUUACAUAACUGCAUUUAAAAGCAGACGAGUAGAUAGAUUUUUUAUUUCUCUUUUUUUUUUCAUACAUUGAAGUAAGUCACAAAUAAGUGUUGCAAGUCCAAAUAUAAAAAAAAAAUCCAAAAUAGAAUAAAUUGUUCAUAUUCGGAUAUUUUUACUAAAAAUAUAUGGCAUGCUGUAGCGAAAAUAGCCUUAUUAGACUAUGAUUACGAUUUUAGUGAUUAAUGACAAUAUAGUCAUUGGUACUAAUAUAUUUGUCAAAAAUAUAUAUUAGUAGGUUUUAUGGAUACAAUACAUCAAAAAGUCACCGUAGUUGGAAUAAAGUUUGAUUAAAUUGGAGAAGUUCUAGGAGAAUUAACAUCACCAGAAGAUCCGGUACAGAGGAGUUUGCACUCAUCAAAGCAUUGUGCACAGAGGCUGAUAGUCUCACCGGAUAGUCCGGUGCUCUGUGUAUUGAACUCAUUGGAGUAUUUAUGACAAAAGAGGAGAAGGCAGAGGACCUCAUCGGAUAGUCUGGUGAUCUGCACAGAAUAAUGUCGGAGCAUUUCUUGUAGAGAAGAAUACGAGUGUAGAAGACUGAAGAUUAACCCAUCAGAAGGUCCGGUGCAUGGUUUAUGCACACUAGAGUACAGCACCAGAGCAUUUCUUGUAGAGGCGACUGCAAGUGCUGAAGAAUGAAGAUCAACUCACCAGAUAGUCCGGUGAUCACAGAGAUAGUUGCAUUGGAGCAUUUCUAGGGAAAAUAAGAGAAGUUCAACUCACAUGAUGGUCUGAUAUGAAUGGAAUGAACGCAAGACGAAUGUACCAGUGCAUUUUACACAGAAAGGCUGCAAAGGCUCGGAUGACUCAAGAUAACUCACCGGAAGGUCCAAUGAUGGAUUUGAAGGCACACCGAAGUGUCCGGUGUUCACAGAGGCUAUGAGUGGAGUUUAAACUGCUAGUUUCUGAGUUUGUACUCACCGAAUUAUCUGGUGUUAGUACUACUAUUCUCACUGGAUCAUCCAGUGUUAACAACUUUCCUGAACCGUUAGGAAAAUGGCUAGUUGGCGAGUUUGAGGCUAUAAAUACCCCUCUACUCAGUCAUUGGAAGGGGUGGUAUGCUGCUGGAGUCUAGAGGAAGCUCAUACACACUUGAGAACAUAUCCAAACCACCAAAGUGAUUAUAGUGAUCAUUCAAGGUGAUUAAGCACAAGAUUAGAGAGUGUUUAGUGCUUAUAGACAUAGAGUGAGUUGUAGCUAAGUGAUGCAGCUUGAAGAAGGGAUCAAAGAGUGAUCCUUGCUUGUAACAAGUGGUACAUCGGCAUCUUGGAAUCUUGGUGACUCGUCGACAUCUUGGAUCUUGGUGGCUCAAGUUUGUUGACCCUUCGACUUGGUGUGGAGCAACGGCAAGACACGUGUACGGGGACGCGGAGACCCUUGCCUUGGUGGCUCAAGCUUCGAAGUGAUCAUGACGGCAAGUGAACAGAAGAGAGGCUAGUGGUGAGACCUUAUCUUAGUGGUUUGGUGGCUCAUCAUGCUUGAGACCUUGUCUUGGUGACUUGGUAGCUCAAGAGCUGUGAUCGGAAGAGACUUGGUGUCCGGGAGCAUAUCCUUUGUGGAGCUCCAACGUGGACUAGGGGUGGUAUUCAUGUCAUCGAUACCAUAAGAUAUAAAUUUCUUAUGUUGAGUUUGCCUUUCUACCUUAUUUACGUUUUUGUAUUUACAUACUUGCAAUUUACUUGGCUAGAACAGGUUGUAAUUCUCUUAAGCGGUAGAGUAGACACACUAGAUAAACCUAGAGUAUAUUUAGAUAGAAAUUAAGAUAUGUUUAUCUUGUGAAGUUUUUUGAGAUAUUUUGUUUUAAGUUUCUAAAUGUCCUAAUUCACCAUUCUCUUAGGACGUCAGAAUUCCUCACAAUUGGUAUCAAAGCCUCGUGCUCUUGAUAGGCUUAACAUCCUAGAGUUGUAACAUCCGGGGUUGGGAUGGAUACCCAUAGUGCUCUAUUUUUGAUAACACAAAUUUUCCUCGUUGAAAAAUUUUAAUGUCUUCUUUUUUGUAAGCCAAAGGUCUAGAUAUUUGGAGAGUCACCAGGGAAGGGAUGAGACCUCACAUCACCAAUAAGGAGAGACAAUUAGAUGCUUUGGUGAAGAGUAUCAUUUUAUCAUCUUUAAAUGUUGAUGCAUUUAAUUGUAUUUAUUCUCUCACCAAUGCACAUGAUAUUUUGACUAGUCUCAUUGAAAUACAUGAAGGCACAAAGAAUGUGCGCAAUGAGAAAUAUCAUGUGCUUAUUACUAAGCUCAAUAGCAUCAAAUAAUUUGCCCAUGAAAGUGCUAAUAAUAUGUACGCACGUUUGAAUAUUAUUGCCAAUGAGAUCAAUGGGCUAGGUUUGACGCUAAUUGACGAUGAUCAAGUGAUGAGAAGAAUACUUCAAGCAACAUGAGGGUAAGAUCACCACUCAUGAGAUGACCAUGAACAUGAGGGUGAAAGUCUCUUACUCAUCUGAUGUUAAGAAGCUUGCUCUCACAAGCAAGCAAGCACCAUGCCCGCACAUGAAAAUGAAGAUGAGAAGGUAAGAGCAAGAGUCAAGCUCAAGCGGAGAUGAUAGAGAUGAAGAUGAAGAUGAAGAUGAAGAGAACAAUGAAGAUAUUGAGCAAAACACAUCAAGUGAUGAAGAAAUGGAUCUCGAAGUCGCCAAGCUCAUCUCUCAGGUGGAGAAGAACAUCAAGAAGAUUAAUACCAAGAUUGAUCAUUGAAUCUUCAUAAAAGACUUGAUCAAAACUAUUGAUCGCAUCAAGAGGAGAAGAAGACCAAGAGCAAGAGAGAGACAAGGGGGAGAGCUAAAGCUUUUGCAAGCAUGGGAAGAUGAGUGAGUGAAGAUAAAGAUUCAAGCUCAAGUGAUGAGAGCUUCAUCACCCACUCCUCCAAGAGAAGCUCUUCCUCAAGGUCAUCAUCACGCAAGCCAUCAUCACAUAAGUGUCAUACGGCCAAAGGUGUGAAAAACGAUGUAAGUGAUGAUGAAUCCGAUGAGUAUUCUUCCUCCUAUGAUAAACUUCUUAAUUUGAUCAAUGAGCAAAAAGGACCCAUAAGAAAUAAUAUAAGGAACUUAAGAAAUUUAAUGCCCUCAAUUAAAUUCAUGGUACCUUUGUUUCAAAUUAUGAACAAUUAUCGAGCAAAUUUAAUUUGCUAAACAAGCAGCAUGAUGAGUUUAAGGCAAAAUUUGAGUGCAUUGACUCUCAAUCUAAGGCCUAUUUGGAGCAAUCUACCUCUCUAUUUAAUUUUAAUCCUAAGAUAGAUGUUUGUACUUCUUGUGAUGAUUUAAUUGAUAUAUUAUGCUCACCCCUUUGUAGUGAGAUAUGUUUUGGGAAUAUUCUUGUAGAACUAUUUAAUAAACUCAUUGCACAAGAAAAUGAUGAGCUCAAGCAAAAAGUGGAAAAACUUAAAAAGGACUUUGCAAGAUUAAAGGGUAAGAACCAUGUCUAACCUCCUCAAGAUAAUUGUGCAACAAUGGUGAAGAAGCUUACAGAGGAGUCCACCAUGACAUGCUUCAAAUGUCAUCAAAAAGACCAUAAGUCCUUCCAAUGCAAGCAAGUUAAGAAGAAAAUCAAGGAGAGAAGAAGAAUGAACCUCUCCAACAAGACCUCCAACUUCUACACUAAGCCUAACUACAAGAAUAAAAUUAAGAGCAACCAUUACAAGCUCAAGAAAAGGGAAAAUAGCAAGGUGGUUGCAUAUAUGGUUGGGAGAAAGAAUUAAGGGUGGAACCAACCCAUUUGGGUGUCCAAAGAAGUCAUCAUCAAUAUGAAGGGGUCCUAAUCGGUUUGGGUUCUAAAGAAGACUUAAAAGUCCAAGACGGCUAUAAGGAUUUGGAGACUUGACUCAUAAAAUAAAGUGAAAGGUUUAAGUAAAGAAGAGUGUAUAAGAUUGGGCGUUUUGAUGAAGAUUAUGAUCGUCAUAUACCCAAAUCCCCAUCCAAAAGUAAUGAGGUGAUGGUAGCUAGACUUUUGUUCAUAUUUUUUGAACCAUUGACUAGUCUAGGUUUGCAUGUGUAUAUUUUAAUUUAUUGCAAUGCCUAGUUUUCAUAUGGUAGGUUGCUUGUGCUUAUCUCUAACCUAUGAGCAACCUAUAUGGUUUAUUAGUUGUAGGUUUUUUUAUGGCAUUAGUUUUACAAUUGGUAUCUUUUAUGUGCCAUGAACUAAUCUAUAGGGUACCCUUCCCUAUUGUUAUUAAUAAUAAGUGUAUAUAUCUCGCAAGUAUUCAAAAUUUGUAUACUCAUAUUUAGGAGAAGUAUAUCCUAUGGAUUGUGAUUUUGAGACUAACAUGUGUUGCUAGAUUUAUCUUUUGUAGUCUCAUGAAAAUCAACAUGUCCCCGGAUGUAUGCAAUGCUUAAAUGCUUUAAUUGAUAUUAUUGUCAAUUCAUUUAUAUAUUUAAGCUACCUCCAUGCAUGAUAUGACAUAAACUUCAUACCUCUACUUACUGUCUAGAUGUGCAAAUAUUGCUAUAUUCUUACAAGUGGUAUUCACAAGUGGAUCUCAUUAUAUGUAUGCACACAUAAAUAAGGAGUUUAGAAUAUAUCAUGUGACUUUCAUAAAUUAUGAUCUUGGUUUGUCUUUUUCAAUUGAUGUCAAUGCCUCAUAUCCUUAUAAUUGGUAUAUCUUUUUAAUUGGUAUCAUUUCAUUGGAUUAUGAUUUAUGAAGCUCUCUCACAUAUGCUCUAACGAUUUUCCUCGAGUUCAACAUAUAUUUAUAGCUCUUUUUGAGAUUGUUGACAAAAGGAGAGACGUUUGAUGACCAAAGCAAGAAUCAAGAUACAAGAUAUUUAUGAAUGCCGAAGUUGAUAAAGGGGGAGAAGAAGAAGAUACAAGAAGCAAUAUGAGAUACCUAGGUUGACAAAGAGAGAGAAACUCUUGCAUGGGUCGGUCAAGGGAGACAGUGAUAAUGGAGAAAGGGGGAGUCACAACAUAGGAGGACUAAAUGGUCUCAUGGAUGCAAUACAUCAAAAAGUCGCAACAAAGUUUGUUUGAAUUGGAGAAGUCCUAGAAGAAUUGACCUCACCAAAAGGUCCGGUGCAGAGGAGUUUGUACUCAUCGGAGCAUUAUGCACAUAGUCUGAUAGUCUCACCGGAUAGUCCAAUGCUCUAUGUAUUGAACUCACCGGAGUAUUUCUGACAAAGCGGAAGAAGGCUGAGUACCUCAUUGGAUAGUCUGGUGAUCUGUACAGGGUAACACCGGAGCAUUUCUUGCAGAGAAGAAUGCGAGUGCAGAAGACUGCAGAUUAACCCACCGGAAGGUCUGAUGCUUGGUUUGUGCACACCGGAGUAUUUCUUGCAGUGGCGACUGCAAGUGCUGAAGAAUAAAGAUCAACUCACCGGAUAGUCCGGUGAUCACAGAGAUAGUUAUACUGGAGCAUUUUUAGGGAAAAGAAGAGAAGAUUCAACUCACCGGAUGAUCCGUUGUGAAUAGAAGGAACACCAGAUGAAUGCACCAUAGUAUUUUACACAGAUAGACUGUAAAGGUUCGGAUAGUUCAAGAUAACUCACCGGAAGGUCCGAUGAUGGAUUUGUAGGCACACCGGAGUGUCCGGUGUUCACAGAGGCUGUGAGUAGAGUUCCAACGACUAGUUUCUGAGUUUGUAUUCACCGAAUGAUCCGGUGUUAGUACUACUAUUCUCAUCGGAUCAUCUAGUGUUAACAACUUUUCUGA